ACCGAUUGGUACCGACCCUCACCAAAACGUCAUGUGUCUGCCCAAGCAUGUGCUGAAGGUAACACAACAGCCUCCCAGUGCAAUUGCAAACCCAACCGCAUCCCGGGCCCGCAACAACAAAGGAAACCCUGCAGACGGGCUCGGCUCGUAUUAUCCAGUCAGGAAGGUUUCUCACUCGGAAGAAGAUUCCCGCCCGCAUUGGUCAUGUUUCGAAUUGCCGCUCAUCUUACCGAUAUGUUGGACAAAUUUAGCAACUCGCUUUGGACAGGGCCGGUGGGCGUUAGAGGUCCGAAGUCAGUGUCUGCGUGCGCGCUGGGCUCGCGAGGUAGGCUUCGCUAGUUGGGUCAUUGCGUCACCAUUCUGGUUUCGUCAUCCCUUUUCUCGGGGUGUCGCUAUCGCGCGACUAUCUGCAAUGUGGCGUCUGACGGCUGGUGCUGAUGGCGUGUGCGUUGUUGGUGCCGGGUUGACCAGGCUGCAUCUUGGUACUUUCCGUAGCGGUGGUUGUGAAGGGCCUUGCCUACAAUUUUGGUAGUGCAUUACUAUGACAGAGGGUAACCACCAAUAUGCUUGUAGUGUACGGACAUCGUGGUGA